CUUUUGCUAUCAUUGUGACUAAGUUGUGGAGCUAUUAGGGGUAAGAGAAAUGAAACACAGAUUUGAAAGACUAUGCAAUUUUCUAACCUAUUCCUCAUUUUCACAUUCUUCAUGUGCAGACCAGUCACAGCUUCCCGGACAUCUCUGCCAUUAUGGAUGAUUGCUCUCAUUGUGUUUGGAGUCUUGGCAAUCCUUGGAAUUACUAUUGGUCUCCUGGUCCAUUUUCUGGCAGUAGAAAACAAGACCUAUUACUAUCAAGGUAGCUUUAAAGUGUUGGAUAUCCCAAAUAAUAGGAAUUAUGAAAGGGAGACAUCACCAGAAAAUAACUAUCUUAGCAAAAUCCUUGAGACCAGGAUGACUGAUGCAUUUCAACGUUCUAAUAUUUACAGACAAUAUAUCAAUUCUCAAGUCACAACACUGGUUCCUGAUAACAACAGUGUGACAGCACAUAUAUGGCUGGUCUUCAAGUCUACCACAUCAAAUAAGGAAAACACAAGAAGAAGAAUCGAAAGCAUCUUACGUCAGAUGCUGAGGAGCGACUCAGGAUCCUUGACUACAGACCCGAACUCUCUGAGCCUCAUGGAAAUCAGUAAGGUUGAUGCUGAAAGGAUUAUCAACAACCGCUGUGGGAGACGAGCAAAGAUGUCAGCUACGUAUGAUAGAAUCAAGGGAGGCUCCAACGCUCAGGAAGGAGAAUGGCCGUGGCAAGCUAGUCUCAAGAUGGAUGGCCGACACUACUGCGGGGCGUCGCUGAUCAGUGAGAGAUACCUGGUGACUGCGGCUCACUGCUUUCAAAAGACCAAAAAUCCAAGAAACUUUACUGUCAGCUUUGGCACUGAAGUAAUACCCCCCUACAUGCAACGUUAUGUUCAACAAAUCAUUAUUCAUGAAAACUAUAUCAAGGGUGAACAUCAUGAUGAUAUUGCAAUUAUAUUGCUCACUGAAAAAGUUUCAUUUACGAAUGAUGUACACCGAGUUUGUCUUCCUGAAGCCACACAGGUUUUCUCACCAGGUGAAGGAGUUGUUGUUACAGGAUGGGGAGCAUUUAUAUAUGAUGGUGACGAAUUCCCCGUGUUGCUUCAGAAAGCACCUGUGAAGAUUAUUGACACAAACACCUGUAAUGCCAGAGAAGCGUACAAUGGUAUGAUACUGGACACAAUGCUGUGUGCGGGGUACAUGGAAGGAAAUAUUGAUGCCUGCCAGGGUGACUCUGGAGGGCCACUGGUUCAUCCCAAUUCUCGAAAUAUCUGGUACCUUGUUGGAAUAGUGAGCUGGGGAGUUGAAUGUGGCCAACUCAAUAAGCCCGGGGUCUACACACGAGUGACCUCCUACCGCAACUGGAUUGCCUCCAAGACUGGUCUCUAAGAGAAAAGCAAAGCAUCUUGUAGCAACCAUCACAGGCCGUUUUCACCUGUUGCUCCUAAGCAUUAUUUAACAUGUAUUUUGAACUUGGGUGUACCAUGACCUUUUUGAAAGAAUUGUGGUCCUGAGGACAUAUUUAUAAAUUUUUAUUUUAAGUAGACUCAAUAAGACAAAACAAGAAAUUUCAUUUUUGGCCCAUAAAGGUCUAAGCAAAAAAAGUGCUGCCAUUAAAAAUAGACUAUUGUAAUACUAUUUGCUUUCUAUUUCAUUAAUCUACAUGCUGGGUAUCUCACCACAGCAUAAAGCUCUUGGUUUUAUCAUUCAGAUGUUUUAGAAUUAGGAAAGUAUGUCUUUACCCGUGAUAAACCAGCAGGCUGCACUGUGAGACUGGAACCAAUGUUUAACAAGGUUGGGUUAGAACCUGCUUAUACCUUCAUGUUGUACUGUGAUUGUGACUUAAACUUGGUCUGAAUGGAGGCAUUAAGUUAUAAUCUCUUAUUGUACUGUGUUCUUCAUAAUUUUUGCCAUCAUUGUGAAAGAAUUUGACUAUCAGCAAAACAACAGAUUUCAGACUAACAGAGACAAACUACAGCAAUUCUACAAUGUUGAUACAAAUGUCUUUGGAAAUUUCUUGUAACAUAUUUUGAAAAAGUAGCUAUGAACCAUGAAAAUUCAUAAUAUUCUUUACUUAAAAAACUUGUAAGCAAACUUUGUUCAAUGACAUUUUCCCUUUCAGUUUCUCUAUAUUUUCUUGAGUUUGCAAGUGACUCUUCUCUUUUCUUUCCUCCUCCACUUCCUGCUCCCCCUUCUCCUCAUCCUCUUUUUCUAUAAUAAGAAGCAUUAUUUUCACUCUUCUGGCUUGUGGAGGUUUAACAACCAGAAACCUCAGACAAGGUGUAUUAAGAGUCAUUUGAAAGUCAGUGGAGAUAGGAGGCUCCUGGUCAUGCUUGAGGUAGUGAGGCCAAUCCAGCCCAGGUUGGGCCCCUCCAGCCUAUGGAGUUAGUCAGGUGGUCACCAAUCUUGUGCAUGAAUUUCCCUAUCUAGGAACUGUUCCUCCAGAAAGCCACAGAGGUACAAGUCUGGGCAUACAAAGUGUAAGGUGUGCAGAUAGAGUAGGCUUUGGUUCAGGUUCAUCUCCAGGGAAAAGGCAGCUUCCAUGACAUCCAGGCUGUUGCCCCACUCAUUCUGAAACAGAUUCUAUACUGCUUGGCAGAAGGCUUGGAUCCCACAUGACUUUUGCAUCUUCCAUGGAUGCUGGGCACCCUUGAAAUUUUCAUUUGUCAACUGGCUGAAGUGGCCCACACUGUACAAAAUAUGUCUUGCUGGUGGAAAAGAUAUUCAGAGAGUAAGGUACAGGGAGGCCCACAGUUGAAGGUUGACUAGGCUGCAGUAAUUGUAGACGAUCUGGGAUCGCAGAUAGUUGACAGUACGGAGCUAACUCAAACAGGAAUGGCAUUAGCAGGUCUCAGAAGAAGGAGUCAAGCAACUAAGGAUGAAUUUCUCAAAGCAAGUGACAUAUGACUGCAUUAGAAGAUGACAGCCUACAGUGAUGAUUGGGUUGUGAGGGCUCUGCCUUCAUGAGUUAAUUAAUGCCAUGAUGAUGGAGUGGAUUCCUUAUAAAAUAGUACAUUCAUCUUCCUUUUGCCCUCUCAGAUCUUCCGUGCUUCUGUCAUGUGAGAACAGCCUUCUUUCCCUCUGGGAGAUGCAGAGGAAAAGUGGAAGUAGAGAUGAGGCCCUAUCCUAACUGCAAACCUACCAAUGCCUUGAUCUUAGGUAUCUCAGCUUCCAGAACCACAAGAAUAUUUUCUACUUUUGACAAAUGACCUAGUCUGUGUAUUUUGUUGUGGCAGAACAAAACAGACUAACACAGAAAAUCAAAUUUCCUAGCUAUAAAUUUCCUUCCUUUUUAAAGAGCUCAGCUACAGGUUAAUUAAACAUUACUUAAAAGGGAGGGAUAUACCCAAGCCGGUGAGAGCUGUGGAAGAGAAGAGAGAAACUUAGCUACCCAGAUGGUCUCAUCUUGACUGGAAACUGGAGGCCACUUGAUAAUGCAAAUAGAGGAGAACACUUGGAAGUUCUAAACUGUGCAGUUUUCUUUUGCUUUCAUUUGCCAUAAAUGGAAAUGCUUGAUAAAAAGAUGCAUUGUUAUUUUUAACGCAGGCUGUGCAGGAAUUGAAAAAUAAAACAUGUCAAGGAGUUUCUCAAAAGAAAGGCAUAUGAAUAGAAAGAAACUAAUCCAUGUUUCAUGAGUGUUAAUGCCCCAAUUUUGAUCACAAUGCCAUGAUGCCAUGUACACUUUUGUAUUGGGUAACCUCCUGUGAAAUCAUGCAUUGUCUUAAAGAAAGACGACAGAUAACAAAAUCAGUAAAUCUACCUUCUUCCAGAGCAGUCUAGAAGAGUUGAAGAUUCAUGGAAGGGGAAGAGGAAACUUAAGGAACUGGUUUUGAGAAUGGGCGUAGUUAGGGCAUAGUUAGGAAGAGGAAUCCUAGUGACUAACCAGAAGUAUCAUGUUUCUAAGAUCAGAUGCAGUUUCCAUAACAGUUGAAUUGUUCCAUGUGAACACAGGCCAGAAGUCCAUCUUGGACUUAGAGUCUUCCUGGCUUGCAUCUGCCCUGAGAACCAGAAUUCAUUAAUGUGUAACAGUAAACUCCAAUUUUUGUUAAUAAGAUAAAUGCAUUAUAAAUGAAUGUUUAUGCAUUUUCUAUUCACUCAAAACUAAUGAGUUCCACAGAACUUCAUUGGUAAGUAUUUUCAACGUUUUAGUUUAAUAUUUUACUGAAUUAAACUUUGCAAACAACAAACUUUGCAAUGAGAAGUAGUAAUGAAAAGGUAGCUCUUUUAUACAAGCAAUUCUUAUGACUAUUAAAAUCAAAUAGUGUAAAUUAAAAAUCAUUGCUUUAUCUUGCAUUUGAGUAGA